GAAAAUAAAAUAAAUUCAAAAUGGCGUCUGUCUAACUUUAGUUAGCUGAAGUAAUUGAAGUGGAAGUAUUUGCGGUUUUCUUGUGGUUAAAGUGAAGAUUUAUAGGAAUAUUUAGUACUAAUUCGUUAUUUAGACUAUAUAAAAUAGUUGUAUUAGUCAAGUGAAAGUUCUCAAGGAAAAAAUGUACGACGAUAAGCGUGGGGGUCGGGGUGGAGGUCGUGGAGGUGGUCGUGGCGGUCGGGGAGGCGAUAGGGGCGGCAGAGGGGGAUCCCGCGGGGGUCGCUCUAGCGACAGAUCGCAGGAAAGGGGAAGCCGCUUUGGUAGCGGUGGCAGCCGCGGACGCGAUGGCGGCGGCCGCGGGCGAGAUGGCGGGCGCGGCGGCGGCCGGGGCUUCGGUGACCGAGGUCGCGACGAUUUCCGCAGCUUCAAAAAUGACCAGCCUGGGGGCAACCUGCGAAAAAUACGCUGGGACACCGUUACACUUACGCCUUUCCAAAAGAAUUUCUACGUCCCACAUCCUAACGUGUCGCAGCGAACUCCCCACGAAAUCGAGGAGUAUCGCAGUCAGAAUCAAAUCACUGUGAAGGGGAGAGAUGUCCCUGCUCCUAGCAUUUACUUUGAAGAGGGUGGCUUCCCUGACUAUGCUAUGAAAGAGAUUUUGAAGCAGGGUUUCCCUCAUCCGACUCCCAUUCAGGCUCAGGGGUGGCCUAUAGCUCUGUCAGGGCGUGAUAUGGUCGGUAUUGCUCAGACAGGGUCUGGCAAGACAUUGGCCUACAUUUUACCGGCAAUUGUCCAUAUUAUCAACCAACCAAGGUUGUUAAGAGAUGACGGACCCAUUGUGCUGGUAUUGGCUCCAACUAGGGAGCUUGCUCAGCAGAUUCAACAGGUGGCCACAGAUUUCGGCCAGAGUGUCCAAGUACGGAACACUUGCAUCUUCGGAGGUGCCCCUAAAGGACCCCAGGGACGGUGCUUGGAGAGAGGAGUGGAAAUCAUCAUUGCCACACCUGGAAGACUGAUUGAUUUCUUGGAAAGGGGUACUACCAACUUGAAACGCUGCACAUACCUGGUACUAGAUGAGGCUGAUAGGAUGUUGGAUAUGGGCUUCGAGCCGCAAAUUAGGAAGAUUAUUGAACAGAUCAGGCCUGAUAGGCAGGUCCUUAUGUGGUCAGCAACUUGGCCAAAAGAAGUGCAGAAUCUAGCCGAAGAGUUCCUCCAUGAUUACAUUCAGAUCAACAUUGGUUCUCUCUCGUUAUCUGCAAACCACAACAUCCUGCAAAUUGUGGACAUCUGUGAAGAAUGGGAGAAGGCGGAUAAGCUGUUAACGCUUCUGCAGGAAAUUUCUUCAGAGGAGGAGACGAAGACUAUCAUAUUUGCCGAGACUAAACGCAAGGUGGACGAGAUAACGAAGUCGAUAAAUCGCGCCGGCUGGCGCGCGCUGUCUAUCCACGGCGACAAGAAUCAGCAAGAUCGCGACUACGUACUCGGACAGUUCCGACAGUCUCGAGGCGCCAUACUAGUGGCUACCGACGUCGCCGCGCGAGGACUUGAUGUGGAAGAUGUGAAGUUUGUGAUAAACUAUGAUUAUCCGAAUAACUCUGAAGACUAUGUGCAUCGCAUCGGGCGCACGGGGCGCUCGCAGAACACCGGCACUGCGUAUACGCUGUUCACGCCCAAUAACUCUGCUAAGGCCAGAGAUCUCAUGGCCGUUCUACAAGAGGCCAACCAAGUAGUGAAUCCCAAGCUGUUAGAGCUGGCUCAAUGCGGCAUGGGAUUCAAGGGUAAAUAUGGUCGUGGGCGCUACCGAGACCGCGACGACGACCGCUCGGACCGAGGGGGCCGCGGGCGCGGGCGCGGGGGGCCCCGCGACAGCCGCAGCGGGGGGCGCGGGGGGCGCUUCGGCGGCGAAAGAAGUUCCAGAUGGGACAAUAGCUCUUCCAACGGCUUCAACCAGAGCCAAGACUCUGGGUUCAACAGCCGACCGAGUUUCGGCAGCCGAGAGGGGUUCAAUAGAGACAGUUCCAGUUCCGGAGGGUUCAGAGGGCGGGGCGGUCGCGGCGGCAGAGGCGGCAGCAGUUUCAACCAGACACAAAGUGCACCAAGUUUCGGUCAAACCCCAAGCUUCGGCCAAAACCAAGCGCCCAGUUUCAACCAAGCAGGACAAAAUUUCGGCCAAGGAUUCAACAUGCCUCCCCCUACUAACUAUUACAACAUGUAUGCUCAACCACCUCCGCCCCCAACACAAAAAUUCGCCGCUAGUAAAUAACUUCAGUUAUUUAAACUAAACAUCAAUGUCCCAUAUCUAGUGCAAUGCUAAAAUAUAUUUUUGUGUCUAGUUAGGAAAGUACAUGUAUAAGGUACAUAGUGUUAUGUGGUUUCUUAGUAUGUGAACAGUGGUUUCUCUUUUAUUGUGGUCUGAUUAGAUUAUGGAUAUUUUUUGUUUAAAUGUUUUGAACUAUUAGAAAAUGUAUAACAUUCCGUGCUUAUGUUGGACUAUCAGUUCAGUUUAAUAGAGUACAUAAAUAAAUUAUAUCUUUCAUGCAGAUUGUCAUGACAGUGCACACUUGCUAGCAGAUUGUGGAAAUAUUGCAGUUCACCAAAUAAAUAUAAUUAUUAUAAGUAA